GGAACAGGAGAGAAAGGAGGGUGUCGGACCAUUAGAUGGAGCGAAGCAGGCAGGAAAAGUUCCCGGUAAGCGAGUGAGAGAAAGAUCGGGACACGUAGGGCUGACUGUCAGAGUGUCUGACGGAUUGAGUUCCAGGAGUAAGGCGACGUUUGGGAUCUGCUGAGUGCGCACGGAUUCGCACUGUUCGGAGCCGGAGACGGAGUGGCGCCGUAAGGCUGAGUUUCCGCUGCCCAUCCCGCUCCGGGAACCGGGCACCCAAGCCGCCUUCGGCCAGUGUGGAUUUACUUCACUGUGGGUCAGUUACCGACAACAUGUUGAGCAGCGGUGGGAUUUACGCCGUGAAAAAGAGGAAGAAGCCCGUACAAAAGAGCCCCAAACCUUCUCUCCUCGAAGGCGUGAAGUCGAACCCGUCCAAAAGGCACCGGGACCGUUUGAAUUGCGAGCUGGAUAAACUGACCAGCCUGUUGCCUUUUCCCGAGGAUGUCCGGUCUCGGCUUGACAAACUCUCCGUGCUGCGCCUCAGCGUUGGAUACUUGAAAGCAAAGAGCUUCUUCAACGCAAGUAUAAAGAAGAACCAGGAUGGCUGGAUGCCAGAUAAGCUCACAAACUUCCAAGGGAAUGGACAGCAAUCGGCACUGAAGAACAUGCCUGUGUUCUCUGAGGGAGAACUGCUGCUAGAGGCUCUGAAUGGCUUUAUUUUGGUCGUCACCGCUGAAGGUUAUGUCUUCUAUACAUCGCCCACCAUCCAGGAUUACCUUGGCUUCCACCAGUCGGACCUGGUGCACCAGAGUGUGUUUGAGCUGAUACACACGGAUGACCGGCCCCUGUUUCGACGGCAGCUCCACUGGGCCCUAAAUCCACCAGCCUGUCAAGAAGCCAAUCCCCACAAAGACACUAAUCCAGACAGCAAUAACCUCUGCCCCAAUGUUGUCACUUAUGAUCCUCUUCAACUUCCUCCUGAGAAUUCCUCUUUUAUGGAGAGGAAUUUUGUCUGCCGAUUCCGAUGUCUUCUGGACAAUUCGUCAGGUUUCCUGACCCUGAAUUUCCAAGGACGGCUGAAAUUUCUGCACGGACAGAACAAGAAAGCCGAAGAUGGUACUCCCAUCCCUCCGCAGCUGGCCCUCUUUGUCCUGGCAACUCCCCUCCAGUCCCCCUCCAUCCUGGAGGUCCGUACCAAGACCCUCAUCUUCCAGACCAAGCAUAAGCUCGAUUUCACUCCACUGGCAUGUGACACCAAGGGCAAAUUUAUACUGGGUUACACGGAAAUGGAGCUGCGGAUGAGGGGCACCGGUUACCAGUUCAUUCAUGCAGCUGAUAUGAUGUACUGCGCCGACAAUCACUUGAGAAUGAUUAAAACCGGGGAGACCGGGAUGACAGUCUUCAGGCUUCUAACCAAACAGAGCGGAUGGCUUUGGGUCCAGGCCAACGCCAAGCUGAUCUACAGAGGAGGCAGACCCGACUCCAUCAUUUGCAAGCAGAGAGCCCUGACGAAUGAAGAGGGCGAGGAGCACCUCCAGAAAAGAGCCUCGGGGCUCUUCAGUUUCGCUACAGGGGAGGCCGUUCUGUACGACAGCAGUGUGAUUCAUUUGGAUCCAUCCCUGGCUAAAGGGAAAAGCUUCAAGGUUAAUAAGCUUUCUAAUGGGGAGAACAGCGUGGAGAUGAAAAAUGGAAUUGAUCCUAGCUCUCUUCUGGGUGCCUUGAUGACACAGAAUUUAUCUGCAUAUGUCUCACCCCAUGAAACACAGUUUAACCUAGACAGAGCUUUUGCUGAUGACUGUGCUGUUCUGAAUGUGCCUGGGGACUUCUGUCAUUUGGCCUUUGGUAGAAAGAAUUCUUCUAAACUUCAGGAGGCACUCCCAGGCCAGGAUGAUCCUCUGGCAGCGGUUAUGGAUAUACUGUCUGAUAAGAAUGCUGAUGAGGACAAUCUCUGCAACACUAUGCAAAAUCUGGAUGUGGAUGUGGAGCGGGCAGAGUUGGAGCGAUGGGAAGAGGCGUUAAUGAAAAUGAACAGUAAUUCUCCCAUUGGUGAUGAUCUGAAUGAGAUCUUCAGCACAGAUUUUAUACUCUCAUGUGUCGAGGACAUAUUGACAAAAGACAGUUCAAAAGCUGAUGAAUUCUCACACGCGGGUCUGGACUGCACAGAGGGAAACUCGAUUGAGCCAAAUCAACAAAUCUCUCUUGAAUCCAUGGAGCAAAAGCCAUUUGGAUUUAAUACACAAACCUCAACAGUGUCCGGCUGUCAACGUUCAAUGAUAGCUGGAGCCCAGUACCCAGCAAUGACGGCUGCCAAGGACUCAGUGACAUUUGGAAACCAGAACCCGGUGUUGGCUGGAGCCCAGAAUCCAAUGGUGUUUGGAGCCCAGAACCCAGUGCCAUUUGGAAUCCAGAACCCGGUAAUGGCUGUGGCCCAGAAUCCAGUUGUCUCCACCCCACAGAACACAUUGAUACCCACCUGUCCAUCCGCAACAAGGUCUUGCACCCAGAUACCUUCCUGUCAAACCACAGUGUUGGCAAACUCUCAGAAGGCAGUGGUUUCUCAGUCACCCAGCGCAACAUUAGUUGGACCUCCAAAUGCACAUAUGCCCAACCAGCACGUUGAAAUCCAGCCAGGAAACCCAAUUUCAUUGGGACCUUUCCCACAAGACUUUGCCAGAAUGAAAUUUGGCAGCAACAUGGUAGCUGACACACCCAACCCCACUUCGUACAGUCCACAGAGGCCUCGCAGGUCUGCUGUGCAGAAGGUGGGCUGCGGGGGUUCAGCCACUGUGCGACAAAAGCAGUUGGGGAGCAUCUCACCUGCAGAGGUGCUACAAAGGGACCUGCAGCAGUCCUUACAACAGAGGCCUGAGUACUUGGGGGUAAAUGGGCAACAGGAGAAGCACUUUGUAAGCGCAGCCCAGCAGCAAGCCCUGCAGUGGCCCCCAGUGCAGAGUGGGCAACGAACUUCCCUGCAGCCCUCUGCCGUGCAGGACCACAUGCAGCAGCUGGUGGCACAGUCCUCCUGCAUGUUGGCGCAGGCCGCCAAAGACAAGGCUCCCGCUGUGGCGAAUACAGAGCAGGCCGGUGCCACGCAGCUCCUCUACAGCUGCAGUGUUGCUGUCAACCAAACGACCUCAGUAAACCCGCUGUCGUUGGGGGCCUCGCCUAGCUGCAUGUUCGCCUCGUGUGAAUACCAAAACCACAUCCCCGUCACAAGGAACGGACUGACAUUUCCCAGCGUUGGCAGCACUGCCACCAUCCCGGAAUACAGUAAAAUUAAGAUAUCUCCAAACCACAGUCACUUGCAGCCAACUUGUUACUAUGAGAACAAGCCAUCUAAUUCUGUUGUGGGCUCCUCGAUCAUAUCCAAUGGGGAACUGAGCUUUUAUGAAUCUACCUGUCAGUUUGAGCCAAAUUUCAAUGAUCUGUCAGAGAACUCCAUCUGUGAAAUUCCAACUAGCCAUGUCACCUGGAAUUACACUCAUCAGUUUAAGCAGGGAGAAGCUCUAAAUUGAGGGAAGUAAAUGUUGGAUGUCCCUACUGUUCUGUUUCUUCCAAGAGCACCGAGCCAUCAUUGUUUGUGUUUUAUCGGACUGAGGAAGGUCAUCCAUGAUGCCUGAAUGUUUGAUCGUGUUUCCUAUAAGCAGGACUUUCAGAAAAAGGAGAAAGUGACUAAAGAUGCAGAUCCUCUGUUAUGCAUCUCAAGCAUCAUAUACUCCACAUGUUUUGUGAUUGAUUUUUCUAUUGCCCUGUAUAAAACAUUAACUUCUAUAUUUUUGUAUCGAAAGAGAUGUAAAUCCUUUGCAUCGAUGUUUCUUGUAUAGUCAUGAGCUAAGCACUUCAUCUUUUUUUUGACAAGAUCGAAGUUUUAAAGCUCACUGCUGCUUUUUUGUCUGCUUUGUGAAUGGAGAACAUUUUAAUGAAGGAGAUGUUGAGAGGGUUGGUCCCCAAAAGCAGCCUUUCACUGAGGAUAUUUUAACUGAUUGCUAAGUAUUAAUUGAAAAGCAAAGACAUUUAUUUUGGAGCCUAACAAUCCAAGUGCAGAGGUGCGAUAACAGGCAGAUAUAAGCCACUACCCAGGUGGAUGCCGGUGAGACAUUGGAGUUUGGAGUUCGCUCGGUAUAGCAUCUGAAGUGGAAACUUUUUUUUACGAAAAGAACAGCAGAAACAUUUCAACUUUUUAAGCUAUUUAUAUAUUAAAUCAGUACUUUAAAGAUCAGAAUUGUGUAAGACAUAUUGUAUGAGAAAGAUUGUGUUUUGAUAUUUCAAAUGUCACAAUAAAGGAUUUAUCUGUGGUGUAAGUUGAUAAACCAGACUUUGUUCAGCCCUGUGCCAAAAAACAGUUUACUGCUACUUUUUACUGAAAUGUUAUGUUUUAUAAAUGUCUAAGCAGAGAUGGCUGUUGACAAAUUGUAUCAGUUUGUUUAAUAUUAAAACACUUUUUGGGCAGUAAACCAUCAUUCCCAAAAAAAACUUAUUACUUUA